GUAGCUAGUAGAAGGUAUACAGGCCGAAGGAACAGGUUCUUCGUUAACAAAAUUGAAGGAAAUUACAUAUUCGUGACCAACACGGCAACACAAUUAACCAACAUCUCCUGAAGUGCAGAACCCAGUCCUGACUUGGAAGCUUGUACGGCUUAAUCUCUCAGAUUUCUGAUUUCUUCCUUCUCUAUAGGUUCGCUUAGCUGAACAGAAUAAUUCCCUCUUCUCCAAGAAUCUACCAUUAUUCAAAUUUUCCCUUGUUUCGUUUUAUUCCUCACUUGAUUUUCACAGGCUUCAAACAUUCUCUCUCUUUCUCUCUCUCUCUCUCUCUUCCUUCAAACAAACAGCAUUUUCCAGAAAAUCAGUGGACUUUUCAGAUGGCAGAAAUGAAUUCAUAUUCCUUUGUUGAUUUCCCCGAGGACAUCCAAUUCUAUAUCCUCUCCCUCCUAACCCCAACCGAGAUUGGCAAUUUCGCUUGCACGUCUAGGCGGUUCUCUCGACUCUGCCAAAACGGCAGCAAGCUCUGGUAUGCAAUCUGCGAUAGGCGAUGGGGGUCCAAGACCCAAAUCAAGAAAUGGGGUAAUGGGAAAAUCUCAUACAAGCUUCUCUAUAAAACUCUUAAAAAAUGGGAGAAUCUGAUCGGUUUCUGGCGCCGUUGCGGCCAAAGUCAACAGAAGCAAACCGCCGGGGUGAAAUCUGCUGCGCUAAUUUUCUUCGAGUGGGGCCCUUCUUUUCUUUCUGGUUAUAGACUUUCUCCGUCUUCAAAAGGUACGUAUGAUGUAACCAAAACGCCGUUCCUUUGGAUGGGCAUAUCGCCGGAGGGUAAAACUGUAAAUUUUCUCGAUCCCGAUGGACAUAGCAAUGGGCUAUCUGGUGAAUCGGGAUCCCUGGAGAUGGAUUGGAUCCCGGUUAACGUUAAUUUUAUUGGGGAUAUACAUUUUAGUGUGGAGGAGAAUGUGGGUCUUGCUUAUUCAAGGAGUUCAGGUGCGCCGACUUCGAAAGGAGAGUAUGGUGGUGAUGCGAGUAAUGGGCUAGAAAGUGGGUCUCCAGGGAGUUCACCGGAAACUUUGGAGAUGUAUCAGUAUUAUGCGAAUAGAAUGAGUCCUGGGGCGGAUAGGUCCUGGAGGAGGCAGAAGAAGAGGGAGAAGGAGAAGCAGGGGAGGAAGAAGUGGGAAACAGAGCAUUUCUUGAAGAUUGUUGAUUCCUCACCUUCGCCAGCUCGGCCAUUGCAGGGAUUAUGGAAGGGAAUUUCUGAUGACAUGAAAUUGGAAUUUUAUCUUGUAGCAUAUGAUGGAGUUGGCAUCUUUUGCCGAAGGGUUGGGGACUUGUGUGAACAGAUUUCUAGUCCUACACCAGCGUUCUGGACAACAAAUCCUGCAUUUAUCGAGUCUCCAUUUUCACCUGAAGAAGAAUAUCUAUACAAUAGUCGGAUACAUCUUCAGCCGCCUAUGACAUCCAAGGAUAUAAAUUGGCAAUACCCUCCGAUGGAUAAUGAGGUAGUCUCUCGCAUUAUGUACAUAAACUCGCGUUAUGAUUUAUUCAUCCCAGGCUUGGCAGGAAUUUCUGAAAAUCCUUGGUGUAUUGAGGGAAGGAUUUGGCAGUACAAGAAUGGGACAUUUGGUUUUGGGUUUCUUCGGGACAAUUCUAUUGUUGACCUGAAACCUAUUGCUCAGGAUGGUUUCCUGCUUGAAACAAUGGAGCUUUGUUGUGAUUGAUUGAUAGUUGAUUGAUAUCCUUGCUUGGGAUCUUCUGUGUACAAAUAAAGUCAGAGUUCAAUGCCAUAAUUUCCAUGGCGUUGUCUGCUCUAUUUCUUGUAGAAAUAAUAAUGUUAAAUAUUAUCCACGGUUGAUUUAUUUUUUAUUUUCA